AUGGCCGAUAUCCGCGACGAAGAAGACGGCAGCUUCUGUGCCGUAAGCUGCUGCGCGCCACUCGGUGAACUCAUGAAGCCUGUCGACGUCGACGACCUGUUCGACUCGGGGUAUUACUACGAUUCCAAUCAGGCCUCAGGCCGCGGGUCCGCCUCCUUCUUCAUGUGGCCCUUCUUCGGCCCGCUGCUCUUCGAGAACCAGACCUCGGACGCCCGCGACCACUGUGCCAACGAGCGCACCUUCCUCAGCUACCUGCGCCUGUCGAUCUACAUGGCCAUCGUCUCGGUCGCCAUCGUUCUGUCCUUCCAUCUCAAGAGCCAGCCCUCCGCCGCCGAGCUGCGCAUGGCCAAGCCUCUGGGCCUCGUCUUCUGGAUCCUCAGCGUGGCCUGCCUUUGCGUUGGGCUGGGAAAUUAUAUUCGUAAGACUUGA